GAUUGUACACGACCCCCCGCCUAAUAUAUAAGCAAGCUCACCUUUCUCGCUGUCGCGUCCCGAUCGAAUGCCUCCCUCCCUUCCGUUUUCUCUUGACUAUAUUCCUUCCGUACAGUAGAAACAUUCCCGUUUGCAUCUAUUUAUUAGAAAGCCAUUCUCAGAUUCAAUUGAUUAUUUCAACUGAUUGCUCGCAUCCCUCCCACGCGUUAUCAAAACCAACAAACACAUUCGAAAUGGGUCCCAAGAAAGCAGACGGAGCUCCCAAGCCCAAGAGCACUCAUGCUUCCUAUCAGGAUAUGAUUACUGAUGCCAUUGUUCAUCUCAAAGAGAGAAAUGGUUCCAGUCGUCAACAACUCAAGAAAUAUGUCAAGGCAAACAACACCAUCAAUGUUACAGACAAGAUGUUCGACUCUCUAUUCAACAAGGCCUUGAAGGCUGGUGUUGAUAAGGGUAUCUUCGAGCAGCCCAAGGGACCUUCCGGUGGUACUAAGUUGUCCAAGAAGUCUAAGCCUGCCGCAGCUAAGCCAGCUGCCAAGAAGGAGACUGAGAAGGACGCUCCCAAGAAGGCUGCCCCGAAGAAAGAGACAGCUACUAAGAAGGCCGCCGCACCAAAGAAAGCUGCAGCUCCCAAGAAGGAAGCCACUGAGAAGAAGCCUGCAGCAAAGAAGGUUGCUGCCGCUGCCGCCGCCCCCAAGAAAGCUCCUGCUACUAAGAAGGCGGCACCCAAGAAGGAUGCUCCCGCUACUGAGGACAAGCCUGCUGCUUUGACGAAGACCAAGGCUGGCAGAGUUACGAAGACUGCAACGGCGGCUAAGCCUGCUGUCAAGAAGGCUGCGCCUAAAAAGGCCGCCGCACCCAAGAAGGAAAAGGCACCAAAGAAGGAAGCAAAGGCUGAAGCUGCAGCAUGAACAUUCGCAUCUUGAUUUGUGUCAUUCGAAUUGUGUGUUGGGGUUUGGCGGUUUAAUGGCGUUUGGGGAACAGGGUACAAAGUUACGUGUGCGUCUUUACUGCGCCAUGGAAUUCGGCGUGUUUUUGGAAGGGUCGGUAAGGAUUUCAGUGAAGGGGGGCCAUAGUAGCUCCGAAGCGUUGCAGAUGUGUCCGACAUACCUUCAGCGGUGCCAGCGGCUCGUGUGCAUAUUGUCCUUCCCUUAGCGGGAUCACGGUUGUUUCGGUUGGAUUGCACAUAUUCCCCAGUCAUGGCAUCUGUUAGAGGAUGGGUAUGGAACUGACGACAUCAUGAGUAUACUUGUAAUUAUACCAAUGAAAAAGAGGGCCUUUGCACGGCUUCCGACCUA